AGCAAAGGAGACAGAGUCACGCCCACUAUUUGAGAAAACAUCUCUCUCUGUCUCCUCUGAGAUCGAUCUCUCUCUCUCUCUCCCGUCCCCUAAUCGUUCUCUUUCUCUCUGUCUCGCACACAUUUCGAAGCCCGUCAUCACAAUCUCGUCGAAGCCAAUCUCACCCGCAAAUGGAUUUUGGUUUUUGGUAAAUGCUUUCGAUGAUAUUUGAAUCAGCAAACCUAAUGUGUUGCAAAAAGUGAGGAGUGCUGUUCUACUCAGCUUAUCGACGGGGAUGGUACAUUCAAUGUCAGCGGAAUUGACCGGUUUAUCAAGGAGGCAAAAUUGCCUGAAUGCGGGCUUUCUUAUGCGGUUGUCUCCAUUAUGGGCCCACAAAGUAGUGGGAAGAGCACAUUAUUAAAUCAUUUAUUUGCUACCAACUUUCGCGAGAUGGAUGCUUUUAGAGGAAGGUCACAAACAACUAAAGGUAUUUGGGCUGCAAAAUGCGCUGGCAUUGAGCCUUGCACUCUUGUAAUGGAUUUAGAGGGUACUGAUGGAAGAGAACGAGGAGAGGAUGAUACUGUGUUCGAGAAGCAGAGUGCCCUCUUUGCUCUUGCUGUUUCAGAUAUAGUGCUCAUAAACAUGUGGUGCCAUGAUAUUGGCCGUGAGCAAGCUGCAAACAAGCCUCUCCUGAAGACUGUGUUCCAAGUGAUGAUGCGAUUAUUUAGCCCACGUAAAACAACUCUGAUGUUUGUCAUCCGUGAUAAAACAAGGACACCAUUGGAAAAUUUAGAACCUGUUCUUAGAGAAGACAUUCAGAAGAUAUGGGACUCUGUUCCUAAGCCCGAAGCCCACAGGGAAACUCCACUAAGUGAAUUUUUUAAUGUUGAGGUUGUUGCUCUUUCAAGUUAUGAAGAAAAAGAAGAGCAAUUUAAGGAGCAGGUUACUAGCUUGAGACAGAGAUUUUAUCAUUCUAUUGCACCCGGUGGUCUUGCUGGAGACCGACGGGGGGUAGUUCCUGCUUCAGGGUUUUCGUUUAGUGCACAACAGAUAUGGAAAGUCAUCAAAGAAAACAAAGAUCUUGAUCUUCCAGCCCACAAGGUCAUGGUGGCUACUGUACGUUGUGAAGAAAUUGCAAAUGAGAAGUAUGCUGCUUUUGCAGGAAAUGAGGAGUGGAAUGAGUUGAAUGAGGCUGUUCAGUCUGGUCCUAUUUCUGGCUUUGGGAAGAAGCUCAAUUCAAUCCUUGACACUUGUCUUUCAGAGUAUGAUGCAGAGGCUACGUAUUUUGAUGAAGGUGUUAGAACUGGGAAGCGCAAGCAGCUUGAAGAAAAAUUGCUGCAACUUGUACAACCUGCGUUCCAAGCUUUGCUGGGACAUAUAAGAUCUGGUACUCUGGAUAAGUUCAAGGAAGCAUUUGAUAAGGCCUUGAGUGGUGGGGAGGGAUUUUCAGCGGCUGCUCAUAAUUGCUCCGAGUCCUUUAUGGCUCAGUUUGAUGAAGGAUGUUCAGAUGCUGUUAUCACACUAGCAAACUGGGACACAUCUAAAGUAAGGGAUAAGAUUAAACGUGAUAUAGAAGCCCAUAUUGCUUCAGUUCAUGCUGCUAAGCUAUCUGAACUUACUGCACUUUAUGAGGGAAAGUUGAAGAAUGCAUUGUCAGCACCAGCAGAAGCUCUUCUAGAUGGUGCUAAUAGUGAGACCUGGCCCUCAAUAAGAAAACUUUUCCGGCAUGAGACAGAAUCAGCUGUCUCUGGGCUCUCUAGUGCACUUUCCGGUUUUGAUAUGGAUGAACAAGCUAAGGGCCAAAUACUUGCAAAUCUAGAGGCAUAUGCAAGAGGUGUGGUAGAAGCGAAAACAAAGGAAGAGGCUGGAAGGGUUUUGAUUCGUAUGAAGGACAGGUUUAUGACAUUAUUUAGCCAUGAUUCUGAUUCAAUGCCACGUGUGUGGACUGGGAAGGAAGAUAUUAGAGCAAUUACCAAAACCGCUCGUUCUGCUUCUUUAAAAUUGCUUUCUGUUAUGGCCGCAAUCCGUUUGGAUGACGAUGACGUUGAUAAUAUUGAGAAUACUUUGUCCCUUGCCUUGGUGGAUUCCACAAAUGCUGCUGUUAAAGAUAGGAGUAUCACAGCAGCUGACCCACUGGCUUCAAGCACUUGGCAAGAGAUUUCAGCAUCAAAAACAUUGAUCACACCUGUCCAGUGCAAAUCUUUGUGGAGGCAAUUCAAAGCAGAGACCGAGUACAGUGUUUCUCAGGCUAUUUCUGCACAGGAAGCUAACAAGCGUAAUAACAACUGGCUGCCACCUCCAUGGGCAAUUGUUGCCUUGAUAAUCCUGGGAUUCAAUGAAUUUAUGACACUUUUAAGAAAUCCUUUGUAUCUGUGCGUCAUCUUUGUGGGAUUUUUACUCGUUAAAGCCCUAUGGGUGCAGCUAGACAUUGCGGGUGAAUUCCGUAAUGGUGCUCUUCCCGGGCUUCUAUGCUUGUCGACCAAGUUGGUUCCAACUAUCAUGAACAUGAUGAAAAGACUAGCAGAAGAAGGGGCAAAGCCUGCAGCUAAUGAUCCUCCGAGGAACCCUGCACUAGCAUCAACAGGCCAUAGGAAUGAAGGGAGUUCUAGCAGUGAAAUGUCAUCGGAAGUGACAGAAUCUGAAUACUCCAGCCCCUCAAAACAUAACUAGUUUAAACAAUGCGAUCGAAGACCAGUUUCCUGUUUGAAGAUUCUGGUGUUCCACGUACUUAAUGUACGGGUGUUAGUCAGUGGUAAUAGUUUUGUAGGCAUCAUUUUUGAGCGAGUGCCGCAUACAAGAGAGGGAAAAAAAGGAGGGGGGGUGGGUUGGUGUUGUGACUUUGUGAGGGAGCCCCAUCAAAUAGUAAUAGGUGGGUUUUUGUUUUGUUGUUUCGUGUUGUUGGAGAAGCUACUAAAGUUCCUCCUUUCAGUGAUCGAGACUUUGUGAGGGAGCCCCAUCAAAUAGUAAUAGGUGGGUUUUUGUUUUGUUGUUUCGUGUUGUUGGAGAAGCUACUAAAGUUCCUCCUUUCAGUGAUCGAUAUUGAUAAUGAUGCUGUGCAUUGAUUAAUUCCUACGGUGAUCGUCAGUUUUGUAUUGCUAAGUUGUAACCAUGCUUGGUCUUGGGAGUUAUCUGAAUAUUGUCAAAUCAAUUAUCCACUAGUUGAUUUUCCUUUUUGUA